CUUCUCACCACACCUUGUCUUCUCUUGCAAAAUCAUUAUAAGAUCUAUCCUCGCUGGCAUUCGCCAGAUCUCCCGCGCGAGCGCGAUGUCGCAGGCAUACCUGCGGAACCUCAAUCCCGCGCAACUGCAAGCUGUGCAACAUCCCCCGGACAUCCCACUCCAAAUUCUUGCCGGCCCCGGGAGCGGGAAGACCCGGGUUCUCACUGCCCGAAUCGCACAUCUCAUAUUCCACCACCACGUCGCACCACAGGCUAUAUGCGCGGUAACCUUCACCAACAAGGCAGCCAACGAGAUGCGGGCACGUUUAGACAUACUUGUUGGUGUGCAUGACACAGCGUGCAUCCGGAUGGGCACAUUCCACGCACUUUGUGCAUCGUUUCUGAGGAGACACGGACGAAUGGUCGGCCUGGAGACCAACUUUACGAUAUGCGAUGCUGAUGAAAGCAAGAAAAUCGUGAAGGCAUUGUUGGGCGAACACUCCAAGGACCUAGCUGCCAAGAGGAUUUCUUUGACGGAAGGGACAUUGAUGUCGAUGAUUUCCAAAGCUAAAGCACGUGGUCAAACAGCAGACGAACUGGAGGCCAAAUAUCGUCGAAGCCGCGCUAGUGGCAGUCGAAAGCGUUCGCGACUGCCUUCAGAUGUCAACAAUGAGGACAACAGCGACGACGAGCAAAGUCAGACAAUGCAAGACCCCAAUAUCAUGGCGGUCUUGAUAGACGUUUACAGGGUGUACGAGCGAACCCUUAGGUCAAGCAAUAGCCUCGACUUCGACGAUCUGCUUCUCUUUGGCGUGCGUCUCUUCAAGCGAAAUCCUGCCGUGGGCGAGUGGUGUCAACAUGUGCUAGUGGAUGAGUUUCAAGACACGAACACCAUACAGUACGAGCUCAUGCGGCAAAUUGCCGCGGCGAGUCGAUGUGUGACGAUUGUCGGUGACCCUGACCAGUCAAUUUACGGCUGGCGUUCUGCAGAGAUCAAGAAUUUUAUCAACAUGCAGCGAGACUUUCCAAACACCCAACAGAUUCUUCUUGAACAGAAUUACCGAUCAACGGCGUCCAUCCUUGGCGCUAGCAUGGCGAUUGUCAGUCAGGACAAGAAGCGCGUUGCAAAGACACUACGUGCCGAACAUCCUGCAGGGCCGUCUCCCAUGUUGCAACUGUUCUUGAACGAACAUCAAGAGGCGGAAUUCAUUGCCUCGGAAAUAAAGAAGAUCGUUGCAGCAACCGGGGGAAUGCUCGAAUGGGGUGACUUCGUGGUUCUCCUGCGGUUUAAUGCUUUAUCACGGCUGAUAGAGAGUGCGCUGCAGAAGGAAGGCAUUCCGAACAGGAUUUUGGGCGGACACAAGUUCUUUGAACGACUCGAGGUCAAAGACCUUCUGGCAUAUCUCCAGCUCAUCGACAACCCGCAUUUUGCAGCAGCUUUCACUCGGGUGAUCAAUGUCCCUGCGCGAGGUAUCGGUGAGAAGGUCGGUCCCGCGACUCCCAGCAUGCUGAGGAGGGGUUCUCCUUGGACUGACUUACGAACCUACCUUCGUACACAUAGACAGUCAACGAGAUUCUGGGCGCUGCACAGCGCCUCAAGCUGUCCCCUUUGGAGGUGGUAAUGCGCAUACACGAUGGAGCGCUUCCUGAUAUCAAGCCAAGUGUCAAGCGCAAGCUGGCGUCAUUUGUGCCACCUGUUCGCGAGCUACAGACAUUCGCUCGAAAGGAUACACUUCCAUCCGAUCUCAUUCGACACCUACUAGAAAGCAUCAAGUAUGACGAACAUCUGCGU